UAUUAAUACAAAUAUAAUAUUGUAUUGUUUAUUUCCUUGUCACCGGACACCGGAAAGACACUUUGACCUCGGAGUUUCGACCAAUGAAAGAGAAGCAGGCUACCGGUGGUCGGAACCGGUCGAAACAGCAGCCUCAGAUUAUUUGCUACUAUGAAAGGACAAUAACAGAACAGAAAUGAAUGCAAGGAGAAGAGGGGGGCAGCCUAAUAGAGGAGGGGGGAAGUUUAACAAGCCAAGAGGAAGUGGACGUGGAGGUCGAGGUGGUGGUGGCGGCGGCGGCGCUGGAGGUGGAAGUAAAAAAGGAGGAGCUUGCUAUGAUGACGGUGAUGAUUUCAGUCUUGAUUUCGGACCCUCUCGUCCAAGCAGACCUGGACGAGGUGGAGGCGGUGGUAGAGGUGGUGGUGGCAGUGGCAGCGGUGGUCGAGGUGGUGGAGGCCGAGGUGGUGGGGGCCGAGGUGGCGGUGGUGGGGGCCGAGGUGGCGGUCGUGGUGGCGGCAGGGAUGGAGGUCGAGGAAGGGGAGGGAGAGAUCGAGACAGAGAUGGCAGAGGCAGUGGGAAAAGCAGCAGCCAGCCUCUCCCAAGGUCCCUGGCGAGGACACGAACAAGCCCAAAGCCAGGUGACAGCAUCCGGCCGGAGAUGAGCACCAUGCCCCUGCAGAGGAUCUUCAUGACUAAUGAGAACCAAGAACAACUCAAGGAACUGCUACGGAACCUGCAAACCCGGGACUUUGACGUGCCAUACGAUGAAUCUGAUUCAGAUUAUUCUGAAGAAGAGGAGGAUGAUGAGGAAAUUGAUGAGUUGGACCACCGUGACGAGGGCCAGUUUUGGGCGACAAAUGAUGAGCCUGUGGAGAAGGCAGGGAGCCCCGUGUAUCUGACCGAGUCUGAUGAUGAGGAUGAACGGCCCACCCCUGAACCUGUCAUCUCCUUAUUCGCCAUAGGAAAACUCUGCAGGUAUGGCUUUGACAGGGAGCGUGGCAAGCAGGCAUUGGAGACUAGUGGAGGAGAAUUCGGGUGCACUCUGGAAAAGCUCCUCCUCCAGAUAUUCAGUGAGCGCUACGGCCAGAAAGCUGUUUCCCCUGAUGGUCUGGAAGUGGUGCCUAUGGAUGAGUGUUUGAGCCAGAGGCAGGAGGAAGCUCUGGCUCUCGCUGCCAUUUACGGGGAGCGCUUCAACGAGCGCAUUGCCAAUGCAGUGUGGACUGUAACCCUGGACCUCUCAUUCCUCUCUGAAAAUGCAGCCAAGAAUGGCAGGCACGGUCGAAGGGGUGAAGGAGUCGUUCACAUCCGAGAUGUCUGCAAGUUCUUCCUGAAAGGACAAGGCUGUCGCUUUGGGAACAAAUGCAAGUUUAAGCACGAGUUCCCCACUAAAGGGAAAUCUGGGGCUGGCUCCCCAGAUUUUCAGGGCCCGAGCCAGCCUGGCUUCAGCAGCAUUUCCCCUCCUGAGUAUGAACUAGAGGUGCGUUUCCCCAAAGGAAACCGUUACCCAUUUCAGGCACCAAUAGUCGCCUUCAGCACGACCGAUGAGUCUUUAGGGGCUGCGGGGAGGCUCAGCGUGACUGAAAGAUUGUUCGGAGAAGCGUUGGCCGCAUCAAAGAGCAACGAGCCUGUCGUUUACACUCUGAUCACAUUAUGUGAGGAUGAAACUGCCAUCAAGGAGCUGCUGGCUGUCCAGCAUCACAAAUACAGCACGCCUCCGCCUGUGGUGGUGAUUCCUCGACCCUCUCUUCCCGUGGCUAAGAGUGUGAGGAGUAAUGCUACUGAGGACAGCAGGAGCAGCAGUACCAACAGCAGGAGGACUGCACCACCUACCAACCAGAGAGCCAUUGAUUUGAAAGACACAGUAGAGGCAGAGGAGCUGGAUGAAAAGGAUGAGGAAGAAGAGGAUGAGGCGGUUCCAGUCGAGAGCGAGAGUUACGUCAACCUGAGGAAGAAGAUGGUGACUAAGCACAACAUGAAGAUGGACAACCUGCAGAAAGAAAAUGGCAAGCUCUGCCGAGAGUUCAAGAAGAAGCAGUCAUCUGGGCGUUUCAGGUCCAUGUUGGAGCAGAGGAGAAAACUGCCGGCUUGGAACGAAAAAGAAAACAUCUUGGACCUGCUGGACCGGUGCCAGGUGCUUGUUGUCAGCGGGAUGACUGGGUGUGGUAAGACCACUCAGAUCCCUCAGUUCAUUCUGGACGCCUCUUUAGGGGGUCCGGCAGAUCAGGUGGUCAACAUCAUCUGUACUCAGCCACGCCGCAUCUCUGCCAUCUCUGUGGCCCAGAGAGUGGCUCAGGAGCGAGCAGAGAAUCUCGGCAACUCGGUGGGAUACCAGAUCCGCCUGGAGACUGUUCGGUCGUCUGCCACCAGACUGCUGUACUGCACCACCGGCGUGUUACUGCGCAGACUGGAGGGCGAGGCAGACCUCAAAGGAGUCUCGCACGUCAUUGUGGAUGAGGUGCACGAGCGAACAGAGGAGAGUGACUUCCUGCUGUUGGUAUUAAAAGACCUGAUCAUGCAGAGGCCAGACCUGAAGAUCAUUCUGAUGAGCGCCACACUCAAUGCUAACCUCUUCUCUGAUUAUUUCUACAACUGUCCCACUGUGCACAUACCAGGCCGUACCUUCCCCGUCGACCAGUUUUUCCUUGAGGAUGCUAUCGCUAAAUCCGGCUAUGUCAUCGAGGAUGGCAGCCCAUUCAUGCGCUCAGGGAAACAGAAUUCGUCUUCCACAGGUGGACGAGGAGGGAAAGCAGAGCCAAGGGACAAGGUGGACGACUUGGGCGACGACAUGUGGAACUACAUGUCUUUCUGUAAGAAGGACACUGUCAAAGACUCCAUUCCAGACCAGCAGCUCAGCCUGCAGGAUCUCACGGUCAGAUACAAAGAUACUAAGAAGUCUGUACUGAAGAACAUUGCAGCGAUGGACCUGGACAAGAUCAACAUGGACCUGGUGGAGAGCCUGCUGGAGUGGAUUGUAGAUGGAAAACACAACUACCCUCCAGGUGCGGUGCUAGUGUUUUUGCCGGGCCUGGCUGAAAUCAAGAUGCUGUACGAGCAGCUCAAGUCCAACAGAAUGUUCAACAACCGGGGCAAAUCCAGAUGUGAAGUGUACCCACUCCACUCAAGCUUGUCCAAUGAGGAGCAGCAGGCAGUUUUCAGUCGGCCCCCAGAGGGUGUCACAAAAAUCAUCAUCUCUACCAACAUCGCAGAGACCUCGGUAACCAUUGACGACGUGGUAUAUGUCAUCGACUCCGGCAAGAUGAAGGAGAAAAGAUACGAUGCCACUAAAAGCAUGGAGAGCCUGGAGGACUCGUGGGUGUCUCGCGCCAACGCUCUGCAGAGGAAGGGUCGAGCGGGGCGCGUGGCCUCGGGGGUCUGCUUCCACCUCUUCACCAGCCACUGCUUCGAGCACCAGCUGGCUGAGCAGCAGCUGCCUGAGAUCCAGAGAGUACCUCUCGAGCAGCUCUGCCUCCGAAUCAAGAUCCUGGACCUGUUCGCUGAUCGGAUGCUGGAGUCCGUCUUCUCUCGGCUCAUCGAGCCCCCAGCUAUGGAGAGCUUAGAUGCAGCCAAGCAGCGCCUGCGGGACCUCGGGGCCCUUACUGACGAUGAGAAACUGACCCCGCUGGGCUACCACCUGGCCUGCCUGCCCGUCGACGUGCGCAUCGGGAAACUCAUGCUGUUCGGCGCCAUCUUUCGGUGCCUCGACCCUGCACUCACCAUCGCUGCCAGUCUGGCCUUCAAAUCGCCAUUUGUGUCUCCAUGGGAUAAGCGAGAAGAAGCCAAUGAGAAGAAGGUGGCCUUUGCCUUGGCCAGUAGUGACCAUCUAGCCUUGUUACAGGCAUACAAGGGAUGGUGCUGCGCUGCAAAGAAUGGCCACCAGGCCGGCUUCCUCUACUGCAGGGAGAACUUCCUGUCUUCACGAGGCUUACAGGAGAUCGCCAGUCUGAAGAGGCAGUUUGCUGAGCUGCUGUCUGACAUUGGCUUCAUCAAGGAAGGACUGAGGGCCCGUGUUAUCGAGCGCAUGAGCUCUAAAGGCGCUGAUGGUAUUCUGGAGGCCACCGGCCCCGAGGCUAACUUGAACUCAGACAACAUCAGGCUGAUGUCCGCCAUGCUCUGUGCUGCGCUCUAUCCCAAUGUGGUCCAGGUACGAUCUCCUCAGGGCAGUUACAAGAUGACGAGCAAAGGAGCGAUGAAGAUGCAGCCCAAAGCCAACGAGCUCCGCUUCAUGACCAAGAGCGACGGCUGCGUCCACAUCCACCCGUCCUCCGUCAACUACACAGUUCGCCAUUACAACAGCCCGUACCUGGUGUACCACGAGAAGGUGAAGACGAGCCGCAUCUUCAUCAGGGACUGCAGCAUGGUGUCCGUCUACGCGCUGGUGCUGUUCGGAGGCGGGCAGGUCCACAUGGAGCUGCACAAGGGAGAGUUUGUCAUCUCCCUCGAUGACGGAUGGAUCCGAUUCGCCGCUUCUUCUCAUCAGGUGGCUGAGCUGGUGAAGGAGCUGCGCUGGGAGCUGGACCAGCUGCUGGAGGACAAGAUCAGGAACCCGAGCAUAGACCUGUGCACCUGUCCCCGCGGCUCCCGCAUCAUCCACAUGAUCGUCCAGCUCGUCUCCACACAGUAACGCCACCUUUCAAUGACCUAAAUGUACGGAGCUCUUCAGUAAAAAGGUCUGUCUGCUCCUGCAUCAUUGCCACAAAGGGAAUUUGAAACACCUCAAUUAGGGACGUCGGGGUCAAUAAAACUGAAUCUGGUUAAAAUUUGUUUUGUAUUUAUCAUAGACAGAUCAGCAAGGCUUAUGCUGAUCUUGACUUGUUAUUGAAGUACUUCUAAGUAUCAGUUUACCUGGAAAAACAUGCUGUUUUGUUGCUGCACUGGAGGCUUUUUAAACCAGACAUUGCCUUUAAAGAAAAAUAUGGCUCUAUGCAGAUGAUCCACAAACCUCCACAACAAAUCAUCACUGCUUGAAUAAGGCACUUAGGGUGUGCAGUAGAUGGGCACACAGUUGAUUGCUAAACAUGACGUCAGAUAUGAAUUGUGUAAAGCUCUUUUUAUUUUGGGGUUGUGUGUGUCAAGCUCACGACUGACGCGUUUCUUGGGUCCAUAUUGGAUUUCUUAUAAUCACACUGACUGCAUACUUGUUAUGGUCAUGAUAUUUAUUUGUAUUGCAUGAUUGAGCGGUUCCAAGAUCUUCUGCAUGGUAUUCCACUGGUUUACAUUCACUGAAUGUACCUACAUGUUACAGUGAUGUCAAAACUACACUUUCACAAAGUGAAUGCAAGGGCUUUUAAAAACUGUAAAAUUUGGUGAGGAUAUCCAAAGAAUUUGAAAGCCUAUUGUCUUAAGUGAUGCAUUCUACUGUACCAAAAAUAAAAUAAUGCAAACAUA